CAUUUCGCCAUAGUGCUCGUUAAGAAAUAUCUUGAGAGUGUCAGGAAGUAACCGGCUGCUUACACUUUCACCACCACGACACUACACACUGCUUGCCUAAAUAAACCAACAUGGCUAAGAAGAGGAGCGGAGUCCGCGAAGCAGAUGCCACUGCUCUAACACAGCGGGAAUCGAUGACAAAAGAAACGCAGCCUCUUAAAGCAGCACAGUAUUCCAGAGGAGGAUCCGCACGAAUUUCCCUCCUCAUCCUGAUUUCCAUCUUCGCCUGCGCUGCUUCGAUCAUGUACCUGGUUUACAGAAAUUUCCCUGAGCUGAGCGAAGAUGAGAGGGACAAGAUAAAAAUCCCCAAAGACAUGGAUGACGCUAAGGCCCUGGGGACAGUGCUUUCCAAAUAUAAGGACACCUAUUAUACCCAAGUGCUUUUAGCAUAUUUUGCUACUUAUGUCUUCCUCCAGACAUUUGCUAUUCCAGGUUCGAUUUUCCUCAGUAUCCUCUCUGGUUAUCUGUAUCCCUUCCCCCUGGCCCUGUUCCUGGUUUGCCUGUGCUCGGGUCUGGGAGCAUCUUUUUGCUACAUGUUGUCUUAUUUAGUGGGCAGACCUGUGGUGUACAAGUACUUCACAGACAAAGCAGAGAAAUGGUCACAACAGGUCGAUAAGCACAGAGAACACCUCAUCAAUUAUAUCAUCUUCCUGAGAAUUACACCGUUUCUCCCAAAUUGGUUUAUUAACAUCACUUCCCCGGUCAUUAACGUGCCUUUGGGAGUCUUCUUUUUUGGAACUUUCCUCGGAGUCGCUCCUCCAUCUUUCGUAGCGAUAAAUGCCGGAACGACGCUGUACAAGCUGACCACAGCGGGCGAGGCUGUAUCCUGGUACUCCUUGGCCAUUCUGGCUGUUCUAGCUGUAGUCUCUAUUCUCCCGGUGUGCUUCCAGAAAAAGCUGCAGGAAAAGAUGGAAUAAAGCGCCACACUUUUUUUUUUUUUUUUUUUUUGUCUUUAAUGCUUGUCCUCCAUUUCAUUUCUGCUUAUCCCUGUCCUCACACAUAUGCCUGUUUUUUUUUCUUUUCUUUUUUUUUUGUCAUCAUGCAAAACGGGCUCAGAACUUUGAACUUGGACCGGCUCGUGAUCAUAUGCUUCUUUUUCUUUUUUAUUGUUUCAUCUGUUUUUAAUAACCUUGUGUCAGAAUUCAUGUUCCUCUAUUAAGCCUAUUCUUUCUUCUAACUUUAGACUAAUACCUUUUGAGGUAUUUUUAAUCUGUGUUGCUUUGGCAGCACAAACAGGGUGCUAGCUAUGCGUGGAGAACUUUCAAAUAUAACACCUCUCACAUAUACUGUGCCAUCGACAUUAUUUUUUUCCCCACAGGUUGGAGAUGAACCAGAUAUUUAGACCUUAUGUAGUAGAAUCUCUUGGUAGAUGUUUUCCUCCACAAAUGUAUAAGAAGACACAAUAUCCGGGAACCAAUUGUGUUUAUAAUGCCUCAUAUGUAUUUUUUUUUUUUUUUUGCUCCUUUUUUUGUUGCUAAUUUUGCUUUUGAUAUUUAUUUAGUCUUAAAUAGAAGAUUACUGGAACUAGACGGCACUGACCCUUUUGAUUUCUUUAUCUUGGAUAUAAGAGGAAAAACUGGAGUAAAAACAAAUUUUAGCUGAUUUGCAGUCCUGGUUCUGGCAGUGCUUUAAGCACUUCAAUUCAUAAAAAAGAUGAAUAAUUUUCUAGUGAAGCUCUGUAAAUCAUUUUAAAAACACAUCCACUUCACUAAGGUGCAUUUCUACUCAGUUUUCAUGUCUUAUUUCUUUUGUUCUGUUCAUGAUUAUAUUCAUUCUUUUGAUUUUGGUUGCCUACACACACACACAGUAUUACAUUGACCUCUUUCGGGAUGUUCUUCAUAUGUAUAUGCUACUAAUUGAUAAUUUUCCUUUUAAAUGCCAUUAAGAAAUGCUAUAUACUGAUAUGAAUAUCAUUAUAGAUAAGAUAUUAAGAAGACAAGAAGAUAUUUAUUAUGAAAUGAUUAAAAGAUGGUUUCCUUCGCUGA